AUGGAUUGUUUUGGUGUAAUGCCAUUCCGAUGCUCCUCGUCGUUGUCGUCCCGCUUGUCACGAGAGAGCGCAGAGAAUGUAACACAACGGUUGCGGCAACAGCAGCACUGCCACGGCAACAACAGCGAUAUGUUGACGUACGCUGCGUUGCGGACACGCGCGCGCACGCCCCACCCGACAGCAUCACAACUAUCUUCGCCAGCAUCCGCGACGGCGGUGGCACUGACAGCAGCACAACACGAGAGAGAGGCCCUUGCUUUUACCACCCACUACGUCCUAUCCGAGCUUAACAAACCUGCAAUACCAAACUACCGUAUAAUUAUUGGUAAGUAG